AUGAAAAAGGCAGGAAAACACCAGAAACGCUGUAUUCAAAAGUCAACUACUUCACCACAAGAGGAACGACUGGAGGAAAGUGGUCCACAAAAGCAAAUGGAGCAAAAUCCGGUUGAACGCGCCACGGAAUAUAUGAUGAGAGGGGAAUACAGGCUAGUGCAGUCAUAUUUGGAAAACAACCGUUUUUAUCGCUCAGAUUGGCACGCCCUCAAUCUCAUCUGGAUAGACUCUCAGCGUCAAAUGAGAAAACUGGCCCGGAUGGACUAUAAAAAAGUCGAAUGGCAUCGUUUUAAAAAGAAAAAUCCUCCUCCUCUGACAAUUUCGGACGGAAAAGACAAAUACAAAUAUAACAUGCCGCUUUCUGCUAAAAAAAUUUUGGAAGAUUUUUUUUCCACCACCCCCAACCCUUCCCACGAAGAAAAGAAACUGCUGGCACAAAACACGUGUCUUACAGACGAACAAAUCAAGAAUUGGUUCAAAAACAAGCGGCAGAGAAUCAAAAAAAAUGAGAAAAGAAAUUUAUUGGAAAACAGAAAAUCGGGUAUUUACUCAGACGAAACAAAUCAGGAAGCAAUAAGGUGA